AUGCCUGGAAAAAUAAAAGUGAAAGUGCUAGCAGGUCGUAAUCUGCCAGUAAUGGACAGGGCCAGUGAUACCACUGAUGCGUUCGUAGAAAUCAAAUUUGGAAGCGUAACACAUAAGACCGACGUCUGCCGGAAGUCCCUGAACCCUCAUUGGAGCAGCACUGAGUGGUAUAGGUUUGAGGUAGAUGAAUCAGAAUUGCAGGAUGAACCACUUCAAUUGCGACUUAUGGACCAUGACACAUAUUCAGCUAAUGACGCCAUUGGGAAAGUGGUUAUUGGUUUGGCACCACUCCUGGCAAGAGAGGGUAAUAAAACCAAGAAUGCAGCUUCACAGGGUGGAGCGCUGAUGUCUGGUUGGAUCCCAGUCUUUGACACAAUGCAUGGCAUUCGAGGGGAACUCAAUGUUAUUGUAAAAGUGGAACUAUUUGCAGAUUUCAAUAAAUAUAAAACUUCUAGCUGUGGUGUACAAUUCUUUCACUGCCCAAGUAUACCACCAGGAUACAGAGCAACAGCUGUACAUGGAUUUGUAGAAGAAUUAGUCGUCAAUGACGACCCUGAGUAUCAAUGGAUAGAUAAAAUAAGAACACCUAGGGCAUCCAAUGAGGCGAGACAGGUUGCUUUCAUUAAACUUAGCAAUCAAGUACAGCGUUUGGUUGGAGUAAAAGCUGCCGAAUUAGGUGCCAAUGCGGUGGUAGGAUAUCAGCAAGACUUUGACUUGGAAGGAGAGGCCGGUGUUGUAGCUCGAGCUAUAGGAACCGCGGUAAACAUAACGCCUUUACCUACACCAUGUCAGCCCCUGAAUAUACCACCCUGCACACAACACGGUGCACCUUUAGAAACCAUACCGUCGCUACCUGAAAGUAGUUUGGAUCGCACAGAGAGCUUGGACGUAGAGGGAGUCGAGGAGAGCUGUGACAGUCCAUCCGAGAGUAAAUGUCAAGAGUGUGGUAGUGACACUAACAACGAUAGCGCGUGUGGUAACUCGCAUGCAGCGUGCCGUUUUGACAGGAAUGAUCGUGAAAAAGAAGAGUGGGAGAAAGAGACAGGAUCGCCGCAACAUACUCGGCAUGAUUCUUAUGGCGGCCGCGAGCCCAUAAGCACUGCCCUACAAGCGCAGAAUGCCUCGUUUAACUCGUCCUCAGCCCCUCUGGGAAUUCAACGCCGCUCCUCUGACUCGGAUCUUAGUGUUACGCCUAAAGGAGGUUCCCUGAAUGCGUUAACCAGCACCGUUGGUAGCGGUGGUGGAGCUAUCUUGCGUCCUUCUAUGAACAGCAAUACCCUGGACAUGUUAGAGUAUCCGUUCUUGACCAUGACAGAAUAUCCCCCCGGUUUCAUUGUACAUUUGGGUGGUACAGUGUGCUCGAGAUCUGUAAAGCUAAUCGACAACGACAGCGAGAGCACAACGCGUGCCGCCUGGUGGGCAGAGCUACGAACCGAGUUGCGUGCACACGCCCGAGCCCUGCGCUGCAAUGCCGUCAUCGCAUACUCUGAAUCCGCUGCCAUUUGUGAGGACGUGUGUGUGCUGUCCGCAUCGGGCACAGCCGCCAUGAUCAAUCUCGACUGCGACUUCAACAUGGAACUCGACACUUCAACAAAAGAAGGAUCGAAGACAGCCAUCGACGAGGCUGUAUUGGAACCGGAGACUUGUUCAAUCGCGCACGUGCCCUACUCGCCCGGCGCUGGACCUUAUCGUGCGGAGCUCUCCAAUUGCGGCGGGUGCAAACGUGCGCGUGUGCCAGCUGUUCUACUAGCGACGUGUGCCAAGCCAAAUAGGUUACCUGCGCAUGCCAAAGCGGUCACUCUCACUGCUGUGGCGGCUCGAGUGCGACGCGCGCCUCCUGCAGCUGAACCGGGUGCGCGGGAUAUCUCCGACCAGCUGCCUUUUUUAGAGUACGAGCUUCACAAACUCCUACUCGCCAAGCUGCGCAUGCAGGGUGCGAACGCGAUAUUUUCACUGCAAACGCAGAUUUCGAUCGGCGAACGAUGCGUGAUGGCGCUGGCAACCGGCACUGCGUUCAAACUAACCUCUUUGCCCCCUCCGACACCACCUAGAAUAAAAGCUUCGGAAACCGACAAGGAUGCUCUAGAAAUUCAAAGAUCUCUUUGGGAUGCAUUCAUAGCAAACAAAGCUGCCAAUGGAUACGAUAUAGAGCUAUUUGAGCCAGGAAACGCGGAGUCGCCAGCGCCCAAUGGCUCGCUCCCAGAAACGUUUGAGAUAGAGGAACCGCCAGCACUAGACUUGAGUGCUGAUAAAGAAGCCUGCGUGUUAGAAUUGGACGAAGCUGAGGAUGUAGAGACGGCCAAAUCGCUGGCGAUGCGUCGAAUGCACAUGCAAGUGUACACAAAUGCAUUAAAAUGCACACCUGCUGCUACUCCUUAUGCCUUUGCACAAGUAUGGCGCGCGCGACUCGUGUUAUCAGGACAAGGUGCAGGCGCAUCUGGCGCGGCAGAAAGGCACGUCGCGCGCGCACUUGACGGUGUUACCUACAAGUUGCGCCGGUUGCUGCCCUGCGCGCUAGUUGCACCACGCUUCCAACUGGAAUUACCUGAGGACGAAAUCCAACUAGUAGUAUCCGGCACGGCUGUUCGCCUAGUUGACCCUAAUAAGUCGGAACCGGACUCUAGCUGUACAGACAUAAGUAGCAACGGGCACAAUACGCCGUCUCCACCUAUUAGCGGUGGUACGCCACCCUCAACUGGUGGCACACCACCGAUGCCGCAUGACAACGGAACGGUCGACGCCGAUGACGACAUUUUUACACUCGAUGAGGAGCAACUUGUCAAGAAUAACCAGCAACUAGAAGCAUUUGAUGAGAAGAAUCUUGUUGUCAAUGGACAGACGCCGACGGCGGUGUCGUUGACGACGCUGAGCUCCGUGGCGGGCAGUCGCGCGGCGCGACGUAUCUGUGCGUUGCGAUUACUAUUCGUGCGCGAGACGACGGCCGUGCGUGAGCUCGGCGGUCUCUCUGGCUUCCUGCACACCUUCACUUGCGAGGUGUUGGCGAUAGUGCGAGCAUACACCGCAGCACUGGGAGGCAACGCGCUCACGUCCUUCUACAUCACACAGCUGAUGCUUCAGGACAACGCUCACAAGAAUCAGGGUCAAUGUCUUCUAUCUGUGGGGGGAGACGUAGUACAAAUAAUGUACUGAACAAUUUUAUUUAACGAUACGUAACACGGACAAGGACAUAUCUAUAUCUUCCCAAUGGAGUAGAAUAUUUAUUUAUUGUAUCAUAAAUGUGUAAGCUAAUUCAAUGUUUAAAUGAUAUCACUUGAUGUACAGCAAUUAUUAAGGAUUGUUUAAUCUGACGCGAAUUUUGCAUCACGUGCUAUAUGUGGACCUCUAACAAGAAUACUGCCAGCCUGCUUAAAUGACAGCAUUGCAUGUUGUAUUAGUGCUAAGUAGACAACGCCGUCAAUGUUAGGGAGCCGAAAACGAAAUUGUGCGUGGGGCUGAAACGCAAAUCGCACCCUCAUGGAAGAAUGGCAUAAGUGAAGUUACGUCAAAAAUGUUUAUUGCUCCAUUGGAUACAGAAAAAUAUAACCUACAUCCUCCCCAAUUCUUGUAACUCUGUCGACAAUAUUAAUCUAUAUAG